AUGUUAUUUUAUAUUAUUAAAUUAGAUUUGCCAUUUGAAGAUGAUAAUAUUGCAAUUCUUCUAGACAAUAUAAUAACAGCAUAAUAUUUUCCAUUUCCAAAAUACUUCUCUACAGAACUAAAAGAUUUACUUUCAAAAUUACUCACUACACAUCUAAAUAAAAGAAUAACUAUUGACAAUAUUAUUUAGCAUUCAUGGUUUUAAACUGGUAUCUCUACAGAAGAAUAAUAAUGGUUUUUACAAGAUGAUUUUCCUAUUUAACCAUAACAAUUUUCUCAUCAUUUAUUGACCUGA